AUGGGUUCGGCAGUGGAACCGAAGCUUCUGAAGCUCAGGAGUGGCUGGGAGCUGCCGUCGAUCAGCCCCGGGUGCCUGAUCGUCGAGGCGUACCUGCGCUUCCUCAACAAGCCGUUCGACGUCGAGGAAUUCGACUCGGCGCGCCGCUGCCCCGUCGGAAGGCUCCCCGCGCUCGACACGCAGGGCGACGUGGUGUGCGCGGGCCCCGGCAGCGGCGUCCCGAGCGCGUCCUGGCCCGCGGUUCCCGCAAUGCGCGGGGUCCCGUGCGAGUUCGACGACGCUAUUUCCAUCCUGCGCUACCUCGCCGCGCACCAAAUGGACCUCGACGCGUCUCUGGACGCCGCCCAGAGGGCCCAGGCCACCGCCAUCGUCACGAUGCUCCUCACGCACGUCGCGCCCGCGGUGCUGCACUGCACCUGGGUCGACAGCGCCUCCUUCUCUUCCCACACGCGCCCCGCGCUCGGCAAGUCGCUGCCGUUCCCCCUCUCGUGGACCGCCCCCGCCAUGCAACGGCGCAGCAUCGCGGGCGCGCUCGGCCACCUCGGGCAGGACCAGAUCUACGGGGAGGCCUCGCACGCGCUGCACGCCCUGCAGGACAUCCUCGCGGCGGGGAAGGGCCCGUACCUCACCGGGGAGAGGCCCUCCUCGGCGGAUGCGGUGGCGUACGGGCUGGUGGGGUACCUCCGGGCGGCCCCGGUGACGCCGCCGGACCUCGCGAGCGACCUGGAGCGGUGCGGCAGCGUCACGGCGCUCGUCACGCGCAUCGCCACGGAGCACAUGGGCGCGCCCCUGCCGGCGGUGACACCCGGUCAGCAGUACACGGGGCAGGGCGGUCCGCGGAAACCCAAGCGGGAGGAGCCGACGCCCGCGGAGCUGAGCCAACGGAAGUACAGUCGGAUGUGGAUCGCGGGCGUGGCGGUGAUGGCCGUCGCGUACACCAUUCUCGGCGGCAUGAUCACCCUCGAGGUGUCAGACCUGGCGUUCGACGAGCACGAGGACGUGGACGACGACGACGACAUGGAGUGA